UCCCAACUCAACCCUGAUUGCUUUCCCGCUUCCUUUUGCUUGAAGUGCAAGUGCCACCCUCUCAUUCUCGUGUCUUUCUUUCUUAUGUCUGCCUUUUCUUUUAUCGACAGAAACUCAGGUUUGAUUCCCAAAGAGAGAUAGGAGUUGAAGAAAGAAUAGGGUUUUUCUUUUUGGGGAUAAUAUGAGCACAGGAACAAGUACAUUUGUGAUAAGAUGGGUCAAUUUUCUGACUAUGCUAGUAGCUGUAGCGGUCAUUGGAUAUGGUAUCUGGAUGAGCUCUCAUCACGAUGGUUGUCGAAAGUCUCUCACGCUGCCAGUUAUGGCCCUUGGCUCCGUGAUCUUUCUAAUAUCGGUUAUUGGGUUUCUGGGGGCAGCAAAGAACAACUCUAUAUUGUUAUGGAUGUAUUUGGUCAUGCUGUGCUUGGUUUUGGUGGGGAUCCUUAUCUUUACUGUCUUGGUGUUUAUGAUCACAAAUAAUGGCUCUGGUCACACUGUUGCAGGUUUGAGGUACAAAGAGUAUCAACUCCAAGAUCAUGGUUCUUGGUUUGUAAAGAAAUUGAACAACACGCAUAACUGGAAACACCUUCAAAGUUGUUUUCUGAAAAUCGAGGCGUGUAGCAACAUGUCAAAAAGAUACAAAACUCUUAAACAAUACAAAUUGGCGAGAUUAACUCCAAUAGAAGCUGGUUGUUGCAGACCGCCAUCUGAGUGCGGUUAUCCGGCUGUUAAUGCCUCUUACUAUGAUUUGAGCUUCCAUCCUGUGAGUUCUAACAACGAUUGCAAACUUUACAAGAACUCGAAAGCGAUCAAGUGCUACAAUUGCGAUUCCUGCAAAGCCGGAGUAGCAGAGUACAUAAAAACCGAAUGGCGAGUGGUUGCUAUCUUCAACGUAAUCUUGUUUGUUAUCUUGUCGAUGAUCUAUUUCGUGGGAUGCUGUGCAAGACGAAACGCUGCCAGAUUGCACUUGAAAUCUUGAAAGAUCGCUACAUUAAUCUUCUUUCAAGCAAAGCCACAACUCAAGAAAUCGAAAGUUUAGUUCUUGAAGAAAAACUGAAAGCUCCGACCGACCACGUUUGAUUGAAACGGACUCGAGGAGGGUUUUGACUCACGAACUCGAAACAAAUUUAUGACUCACGUCACAUGGUUUCUAGUUUUAAAUGCUUUGUUGUCUAUUUCUAUGGCUGCUUUAUUUAUAACUG